AUGCCACAGCUCUCACUUAAGACCAUGGGCAAUGUGUUCAAAAAAAAUCAUAAAGAUUUGGACGUCAAAGCCGAAGAUGAGGACUUAGACGCAUCGGAAUUCGAAGAUGAUGAUGAGAAGAAACCCGCGCCACGCAAGAACAGAAGGCCCAAAGACACCCCUUUCACACAACAAAAAAUUGCAGCAAUCAAUCCAGUGGUGACGCCGCGCGGCGUGAUAUUUCUAUACUGCUCCUUAGCCGUGGUAUUCGUCAUCUUCGGUGCUGUCCUCUUAAAAAUAUCGAUGCGGGUAGACCAGAUGCUUAUCUACUACCACGACUGCUCGAUGUCCGCUCCACAAGGGUCCUGGGAAGACAUGACACCAGACCAGUACCGCUGGCAGUUCCACAAGAACACUACUUACGACAAGGCCCCACAGUGGAGCUACACACCUCCUACCAGUUCGGAUUUGAGCAACGGAACCUGCCAUAUCAGGUUCACGACCCCACACGACUUGCCCAAAAACGUGUUUUUGAGCUACUGGAUCGAGAAAUUUGCCGGCAAUCACAGACGGUUCGUGCUGUCCUUCAGCGAGAUGCAGCUCAACGGUGAAGAAACCUCCAUGACCACAGUCAGAAGCAACCCAGGUAUCAAUUGCAAGCCUCUGGUGUCUAACAGCGAGGGCAAACAGUACUACCCAUGCGGUCUGAUUGCCAACGCCAUGUUCAACGACACGUUUCCCAUGGAAUUGGUUGGCGUGGGCUCCACAAGUAACUAUUCCUUGACGAACAAGGGCAUUGCGUGGUCCACCGACAAAGACCGCUUUAAGAAAACAAUGUUGAACCAUACCAAGAUUGCUCCUCCUCCAAAUUGGGUCAAACAAUAUCCUAACGGCUACAAUUCGACAAACGUUCCAAAUAUUCACACUUGGGAGGAGUUCCAGAAUUGGAUGAAAGCACCCGCGUUCCACCAGUUCCAAAGACUUAUUCGCAGAAACAACAAUGACACACUCCUCGCAGGCGAGUAUGAAAUCAGUAUUGGGCUAAAUUGGCCCGUAACAGAAUUCAACGGCAAGAAGGGCAUAUUUCUCACCCACGGCUCCAGCAUUGGCGGAAAAAACAAUUUCCUCGGGGUAGUUUACCUUGCUGGCGGUUGUAUAUGCUCUGGCCUUGGUGCUCUUAUACUAAUAACAAGCUUGAUUACAGGCAGAAGUGUAGGUGAUCUAAGAUAUCUGUCAUGGAACAAGCAGACAGAGGAAGAACGUUGA